UGUCUCUACCGGAAGUGUAAUAGAGGAAGAAGAAGAAGAAACUUGAGCUUGACGCUCCGGUUCAAGUCAUUCGUCCUCUGAGGACAGAGUGUUAGCUUUUAGCAGUUAGCUAGCAGGGUGAAGAUAUCCACAAGGAAACCAGACGUCCGUGUGCAGGCUGAGGGACAGAUGCAAGCUGCUGGUCCAUGGGUGUGAGUAGACUUGAUCUUUUCUACAGACGGCUGCUCCUCACCAAACUCUUCAUCGGGGGAUGGGGGAAGCCUGAAGACCUUAAAAGAAUAUUUGAGUUUCGUAAGAUUAUUGGGGACCGAGAGAAGUGCAAGUUUUUGGUGCCGGAGGAUUAUCCAGUUUACAUAAAUAAGACAGAGGAGCACGCCGACUGUCUCAUCCACGAUGGGUUCCUGAUCUCUCCUCUGGAACACCUGGUUCCUGGAAUCCUGCCAGCAGAGUCUGUCAAAGCCAGGUUCCAGUUUAUUGUUCCUAAGAGGUGGAAGAACCACAGACCAGUAUGCAUCCAUCUUGCCGGUACAGGAGACCAUUUUUUCUGGCGUCGGAGGACCCUGAUGGCUCGUCCGAUGAUCAAAGAAGCAGGAAUGGCCUCUCUGCUUCUGGAGAAUCCGUAUUAUGGAUACCGUAAACCCAAAGACCAACUGAGGUCCAGUCUGAAGAACGUCUCGGACCUGUUUGUGAUGGGGGGCGCUCUGAUCCUUGAGUCCACCGUGCUGCUCCACUGGCUGCAGAGGGAAGGUUACUGGCCUCUGGGAAUGACUGGAAUCUCUAUGGGAGGAUACAUGGCGUCUCUGGCAGUCACUAACUGGCCGAAGCCGAUUCCUCUGGUUCCCUGUCUGUCCUGGUCCACAGCCUCCAGCGUCUUCACCACGGGCGUUCUCAGUAGAGCAGUGAACUGGACGGAGCUGGAGAAGCAGUAUGCGAUAAACUCUGUGUAUGAAGAGGAGAUCAUUAAUCUGCUGGAGUACUGCGGGGCUGACUCCUUCAAGAUGUGUCAGGAGUUUUUAAAGGAUCCAGGGUCUUUGGGGGAUCUGCUGGGUCUCUCUGAGGACAGAACAUCGACCGGACAGAAAGCUGGACAGGGACUGCUGAUUGGAGGAGACCACGUAGAACAGCUUCUGUCCUCAGUUAGCAGCAGUGGGACCACAGUGGACUCCAUACAGAGAAGCGUCAAUGGGAACACACACAGGGGGAAGAAGACGGAUUCAGACAAAUGCUGUCGGCCAUCUUUACACAGAGAGUCCAUCAGUUUCAUGAAGGGAGUGAUGGACGAGUGCACCCACAUGGCCAACUUCUCUGUCCCGGUGGACACCAGUCUGAUCAUCGUGGUCCAGGCCAAAGAGGACGCUUACAUCCCUCGUACGGGAGUCCUCAGUCUGCAGGAGAUUUGGCCUGGCUGUGAGGUCAGGUACCUGAAAGGAGGACACAUCAGUGCAUACCUGUUCAAACAGAACGUCUUCAGACAGACCAUAUACGACGCAUUCAACAGAUUCUGUGUCAAGUAUCCCAACCUGCACUAACCAUUGGAUCUGAACCAGGACCAGAACAGGAACCAGGACCUGGACUGGGACCAGUGUCCUUUUGCAGCAGCUCUGUAUAAGUUCUUUCUUAAGUUGUGCUCUAGCAUCCACUCUAAACCUGACGUGUAAACGAGUUAGUUUGUAACUUAAGUUGUGUCAUUGUUUGGUUACCAUGGAGACUUAAGAUUCAUUUUAACUAGUGGAGCGUAACGUCCAAACUAACCAAAAUAAUAACUUGAUGUGACCAAUCAGAGAGCAGCAUGUUUCUCCCUGCAGUGUUUGUUUGUUUCCUCUCAUGUCUGAUUGUCUCUGAUCACACUAACGGCUGAAAAUAACUUUAAUGUUUGUAUGAUAGGACAAGUCGUCAUGAUGAGGUCAUAACCUACAGCUAGUGUCAGAUGACAACAGUGACGCCUAGUGGUGAAGUCUUCAACUACUACAUGACGUGAUUUAACAGUCCUCUACGAUUGGACGGUGAAAUGAUCUCUACUCAUGGAGAGCUAAAGCGGGAGUAAACACAAAGUCAUCAAACAUCUGAGGGAUGUAACCGAUCACGGAGAACACGCACAGCCGGUGAAACCCUCUGCUCCUCCUCAUCCUCCGAGUUAGCCCACCUUUCUAACACAGUCACCAUGACAACGCCAUUUUACCUUGGACUUUGAAACCUACUAGGACCUAGGUGUAAGAUUUAAGGUGUAACUUCUGCCUCUAUCACAACUUUAUGGUGCUAAACCUAAAAUAUGAACUCCGUCCUGAAUUAGAAAGUUUUUCUGACGACGUUUGAACUUACGCAGAGCUGCUGCAACCCGGUGUUUGACAUGGAACUGCAGCUUUCCACAGACCAGAACAUCAACAAUCUGCUGCCAGUUAAGAUCUUUUCACUCGAAACAUGAAGUUUCUGACUGCACAGAUUAGAUCUGACUGUGUGUGCGUGUGUGCGUGUGUGCGCGCCUGUGAGCGUGUGUGUGAACAUGAUGUGACUCUGAGAUAUAACAGUGAUGUAAAUUGACUGUUGUGUUGGUACCACUGAAUGAUGCUGCAGUAUUUAAUAAAUUAAUCUAGAACAUA